GCUCAGAAUACUUCCGGGUCAUGUAAACUGCGAUCGUGUUGGAAACGUUCCUGUACUGCCGAAGCACAGGCCAGAACACUGGAGACAGUUGAGUGGCCUUCUUGUACAAGGCUAAGGUUCUUGUUUGUUCAGUCCAGGAGCGCCUCUGUUAGGCAAGGGACGCAGCAAUGGAGGACGGAGCACGCGGCGACGAUGGCCAAUCAUUAAAAGGGACGGAUAAAACAGAAAAUUUCCGUGUCCGUCUGAUGACCACCCCGUCAGAAUUUUCGCUCUUGUUUGAGUGGGCAAUAGCGGAGGGGUGGUGCCCAUGCGUUUACGAUGCAGAAUCCUACUAUAAGCAGGAUCCUACCGGUUACUACCUGGCAGAACUAGAUGGUGUUCCGAUCGGAGGGCUUGGUACCGUAAAAUUCGGGGCAGAUGUUGCUUCGAUAACCCAAUACAUCGUCAAACCGCCCUUCCGGGGAAAGGGGUAUGGCUACAGGAUGUGGCAAGAAGUCAUGAAGACGAUCGGUGACAGAAACCUGUUUCUGGAGAGUGCUCCCGCUCAGCGAAGUAACUACGAGAAAUCCGGUUUCAAGAGUUCGUGGCAAACAAUCCGGUUUCGCGGAGUUGGUCGUACUGAUGAUGACCAUGCCGUCAAUAACGCCGAGGACCGUGUAACGCUGGUUUCAGUUGACAAAGUGAACUUUGACGACUUCUGUGCCUUUGACCAAAAAGUUUCUGGUGUGUCACGGCCAACUUUGCUGAAGAGCUGGAUCAACCAACCUGGUUCGAUCAACCUCGUUGCCGUCGAUAGUAUCGAAGGCAUUGGUCAGAAGAGAGAAUACAGGAUCGCCGGCUACGGGUGCAGUCGGCUUUGUUAUGAAGGAUACCAGAGCACCUCCUUCUCCAGAAAAAUCGCUCCCAUCUUCGCGGAGUCCUCUGCAGUUGGUUUACAGCUCUUCAACGCUCUAGUCGCGACCGUUCCACCAGAAAUUCCCUUCUACAUUGAUGUUAUCGAUGUUAACGAAAAUGCUAUGCAGAUCGUGAGUGAAUUUGGCUUAGAAAGUAUAUCUUCCAUAACACACAUGUUCACGAAAUGUAACAGCGUUCAGCAAAACAUGGUCUAUGGUGUUGCCAGUUGCGACAUUGGGUUUUAAUUCUAAAAUGUUAUGAUUUCCAAGUGUUAAAUUAAAGAUAGAUUUGUUUUAAAGCCCAAAGUGUUGAGUGCAACUACAUGCAUUACAAUUGAUGGUACAGUUUUGACAUUAUUUCAAUACAUUUUUCCUUCGAGUAUUAGAAGUGACAAAUUCAGCUUCAGGUGGCAAUGUUCUUUCUGAUUUUUCUAAAACACCCAUUCAUGCUAGUUAGAGUCGCUAAGUGUUAAAUAUAAUCUUUUAUCAUUGUCCUGAUUUCUAAAGCAGUUUUUAAACCUGGAAAUGUGAAUCCUUUACCUGAUUAUACCUGUACUAUAUGUUAGUGUUUUAUUGUCAAGGCGAUUUCUUUUGUAUUCAGAUGGAUUCUGCGUGUAAUUCUUGCAUUCUAACAGUCUUUUGUCAGCAGCCUUUGUGCUAGAUAUUUGUAAAGUUUAGGUUCAAUGAGAUUUAUUUCUAUUUUACUCUAAUUCAGAAAAUGGCUUUUACAUGAUGCGUAACUAACUUCAUAUAGAUAAAGAAAUAAAUUUUGUACUGUUUACUGAUAAUAUCUUUGCACUCACUUUUUAGUGUCCGAAAUGUAUUGUGCAUUCCUCAUAAAUGGGGGGGGGGGGGGGGCUUGACGUACUGUAGGUUGAUGUAAUUUGUUCUCACUCAAAUCUACAUAUUUCCUUAUUUUGCAGUCAUUCUACUAAAAAAACAUUGCAGCUACAUACAUGACACAGGCUUUAAUAGCACAAGUCUUUUUCACGUAUGGAGGUAUGUAGUCAUGGAACUCUAGUUUUUAGGAAAAACAAUAGGUAAUCGAAGACACUUUGUUGUUCGCUUGUUGUGCCCCAGCUGAAAGUUUUUCAUGUUCACACAACGAGACAUUCAGCAGAAAGAAGUGUAGUACACCUAUUUGUCGUCAAACAAUUCCGGUUUCACCAUUCACGGAUCUGGGCACCUACGGAAAUUCAUAUCCCUGCCAUAAUUAUAAUAUAAAACAUAAUACGUUCUUCUGUUAUCUCUAUAGUAUACACUUUUUUUCCAAAGUGUUGUUUGUGAACAGUUAUGCUUUACAACGUCAAUACAAGGACUCUUGUACUUUUAAUCAACAUUGCUAGGUGACGUUUUGAUCCAUCAGGAUAAAGUGCUUUCAAAAUAGAGCAGUACUUUGCAUAUGUAGUAAGGAUGGCUAGGCGACGCUUUUGAUCCAUUAGUGUUAAGUUACCUGUAGAAAUCUAUUAUCUUAGUAUGAUGGUUUCUAAGACUGUU